AUGUCAUCUGCAUCUGUGGCAAAUGAACCCAUCUCGAAGGAUGCAGAAGUUCAAUAUUCGUCGCAGACAUCUUUCAAUAUCGACAAUGAGAACGACAAUCCGCCCGGCUCAUCUGCUACCCCGUCGACGUCUGACAGCAAGGGUGAUGCCACGAGCGAUGCUGCGUCCGGAGACAAUGCCAUCAACGCGGUAUCUACCGCUAGUGCUGGACCGCCAGCAGGCAGCCCUCCCUCCGAGUCUGAGAACGAAACGAGCCAUGUCGUUCACGGGAGAGCUGAGUCCUCAGAGAGCGCCGCGGAUCUGGAGCGCGCGGCUCAAAACGGCAGCUCUGAGACGUCCUCAGUCGUCGAGCAGCAACCACACGCUACAGCGGCCGCCAGUAACGAGUUCCACUUCGGCGCCCAGCAGAGCACGUUCGGCUUGCGUGUCGAGACUUCACGCGCUUCGAAUGAAGCAAAGACAGGCCGAUCGUCUCGUCGAGCCACCGGAAAGAAGCAGGCCUCCGCCGUGAAUCGGUCCGCAGGCGAAGACGCCGAGGGCAAAGAGACGAAUCUGGAUACGAAGAGAAGAGAUCCCUCUUCCGGCACUAGCGGCGACGAGACUGUCCUCUCGCUUGAUGACAACUAUGCGAUAGUGACAAGCAUGAAGAGCUUCUCCCAGAGCAUCCACAAGCCCGCUCUAGCCGCUCAGCCACUCCUCGUCCCGAAGAAAUGCUACGCACAGCCAGGCGUUCCAUGCAAGAAGAUUUUCGGCUGCGUCGGAGACCCGGACCGGUACGACAGCGAAGGCAAAUACAUAUCUCCGCCAGGCGGGCAGGGUCGAUGCCACGGCGGCGAGAGUCGGAAUGCGCACAAGAAGCGCAAGGACGAGGCGCGGAAGAUGGAAUUGUGUUGCGCUUGCUAUCGCAAGUUCAAGAAUGAACCUUUGGAAGAUUGA